AUGACAGAAGGCUAUACGAUUCAUCUGGAAAAGGAUGCCAGCUUCCUGAGAGAGAUUUGGGCAUGGUUCGUCAUCGGCCUCAUAACCAUUACGCUACGUUAUGUUGUUCGCAUCAGGACCGUGGGCUUGCGCGGCCUCGUUGGAGAUGAUUACAUCACGAUUCUUACAUUGGGUUUCUACACAAUGGACGCUGUACUCGUCGAUAUAGUCUACCACACGGGCGCAAACGCGGGUCUCACUCAAGCCAUCGUGGACGAGCUUACGGAAGCACAAAUCAAACAACUCGAAUACGGCUCAGCAUGCCAAACGGCUGCUUGGUAUAGCUACACUGCUCUUAUCUGGGCUAUGAAGUUCACCAUGCUCUUCUUCUACAAGCGCCUGACAUUCGGCACUAUGCAAAACCGCAUGAUCAAGUACCUCUUCUGGCUCUGCGGCGCCUCCUACUUGGCCGUCUUGUCGACCAUCACCUUUGGCUGCUUCCCCUUCCAAGACAACUACCGCAUCUCGCCCGUCCUGCCCCCGGCCAAAUGCACCUUCAAAACCCAAAACCUCCUCGUCACCGUCACGCUCAACGUCAUCACCGACGCCGCCAUCCUGAUCAUCCCCAUCCCCAUGCUGUGGCGUCUGAAAGUCGCCACGGCCCGCAAGCUCGCCAUCGCGGCGCUGCUGUCGUCGGGCAUCUUCGUCAUCGGCGCCGCCAUCACGCGCGCCGCCCUCACCCUCGGCGAGGCCCCCUCGGCCCUCAACAUCAACCGCUGGGGCGUCCGCGAGACCAUCGUCGGCAUCGUCACCGUCCAGCUGCCCGUGCUGCGCCCGCUGUUCGGCCGCGCCUUUUGGCGGCCCGGCUCGUACAUGGGGAGUGCGGGCGGCGCGACGGGUGGGGAGAAUACGACUGAUGCAAGGACGGGGCAUGGCGGGAGUAAGAUGCAUCAUUCGAGGAUUGGUGGUGGUGCCGGCGGUGGCGUGAAGAAGGGGUACGGUAACGGUGGCGGCGAUGAUGGUGCGAUUGAGUUGCACAGCAAUGCGAGCGAUGUCGAUGUCGAGCGCGCGAGCACGUGCAGCAAGGAUCCGGCGUCGAGUAUUACGAUGGUCGAGUUGCUGGAGAGCGAUCGGUAUAAGCGUGAAGGCGGCGGUAAGCGUGGCAGCGGCGGCCAGCCGCAGGUUGGUUUGCAGCUGCAGCAGAGCCAGCAACAGCGUGAGUACAGGGUCAGUCGUGGUGCGAGCGUGUCGAGCGCGGAUGGCAGCGAGGAGGGCUUCGCGAACCGCGGGCACGGGAGGCAAACGAGCCUAAGCCAGAAUCGCGUGUUCGUCGAGACGACGUAUGAGAUUAGGACGGAGGAGAGGAGGGCCGGGCACGUUAGUCCUGGUGGCGAUGGCGCGGCGGCGGGGGAUUCAGGGUUCGAUACGACGGUUACGGCGUUGAGGGGGUGGAGGAGGUGA